AUGUUCUUCCUCGAAGUGUUAAUUAUUCUUCUUUUCUUUUUAACUCCAACUUCGUGUCAAGUGACUAUUGCCAAAAACACAAAAGGUUUGUAACACCUUCGUUUUGAAAUCAGUUCAUUCUCCAUUCCACAAAUUAUUGGUAAAGUAAAUCGAUUCACAGUAUUGCAAACCUUCAAUAAUUAUGCAGAGUAAUUAUGUGUUGAAUAGUGUCAUAUGCCGGUAUUGUGACUGUAGCGGUAAUUAUGAAAAGGAUAUUGUGAAUUCACUGCCUUUCGGGACAAACCCGCACAAGGACAACGUUUGUGGAACAUUUUUAGAUGUAAUAAAAUAGAUCAAAGUUAUUCAAUUUUGUUGAGCGUGAUCAUAACAGGGUAGAGAGCAGCGACACAAAAUUCAGAUUUCAUAAUUCUGGAAAUAUGAAAACAGCUUUUAUUUGUAAUUUAUUGGAAAUCACUACGGCUCCCAAGGAAUCAACCCGUCAUGAUAUCUGUAAAAAUCUGUAAAUCUGUAAAUGGUUAAGCACAUGGUCGGGAGGAUGGACAUCGUAGAGUGAAAUAUGGACAAGUUGCCUACUUUCCGAGUUUUCGUCAAGCUUUCGUUUUGAAAAACCUGUUUUGCGUCUCACUUUGUUAAGAAAACUAAAUUUUAGGUUUCCAAAAAAAAAUAGUGAACCGCGCCAGCUCGGCCACGCACCCUUUUCCAUUUCUGGAGACCGGGACAUUUUUCUGGCGAAAUUCUACUUUUCUGAUGUACGGCCAUAUCAUUGAGGAAGCAACUAAUUACUGUUUUCCUAAAAGGGUUAAGAUUUAAGUUAAAACUCAUGAGCCGAAUUGACCGAAAAACGUGAAUGACCAAACUGAACCCAUUUUUCAGUAACGCCACGAUGUGGCUCACAGCUGAUUUCAAUCGAGCUCAAUUUCGAUCCAACCCAGCUUCCUGACGGAAAAUUCUCUGAUUGGAUUAUAGUCGGAGUUUCAGGUGAGGACGCCAAAUAUAUUUCUUAAAUACAAGCCUGAACCGCGCUGACAACACCCAGCUUGUCAAUAGUAAAACUGUUCAGGUCGUCCGGAAUGUCGCUUGCGCGGGAACGGAGAAACCAAGUACAUAAUUGAAAUUGCUGUUUUCAACGAUCCGUGCUUAACACAAAUAGUAAGUUAUAGAAGAAAAGCUUACAUUUAAGCGACCCGGCUGCCACAAGACACAUCGCAUCGGAUUCGCCCUUGGCAACAUGUCGACCAAUGGGGGAUGGGAUCUUUUGAACGGUUUUGUUCGUUCUGAAACUUGUUUUGCCGGUCAAAUCAUCCCUUCUGAUGAAAAUCAGUUAAACCCGAACGGUCUGAAUAAAUGGAAGUAAUACUGGUACAACCUCCACACAGACCGCUCCGUCUUCUCGAAGAGAACCUUUGGAUAAGGAAGCCUCAUGGCUUUGAAAGCUCUCCUCGACCGGAUUUUUAAAGGCAUUCAGAUGAUCACCAAAUAUAUGUAACUUUGUACCCUGAAUCCGAUUAUGAAGUCGCUGAGUCAGGAAUUUUUCCGAGCGCCCCGUGGCAAUGCACAACAGGGGUGACCGUAUAAUUUUGCAUCGCAUUGUAUGUAAAAUCACUUUGAAAUUAUUAGUUUUGCCCUUUCUUCGCGUUUCUCAGACAACGCGUAUUAAGAGAAUAAUAUUUGAUAUCAAUAGAAACCUAUUUCAGCCAGCACGCAAUGUGUUCCAGAACAGGAUUCGAAUAGGAAAGAACCCCGUCGUUAUUCUGGAGGAAGAUCAGUCCAUAACUGUGAAAUGUGUUUACGGUUUGCCAACUGUUGAAACGAUGACUUUACCCAUAGUGAAUGCUAAUUUCAAUAUAGACAAGUUGUUAUUAAUCAUACUCGGAAGUUACAAUUUAGUUUGUUUCAGUAUGUCCGAUGCUGACAAGCAAUCUGCUACGCAUUUGUCAAAUCUUAUCAAUUCGACUCCGUCUAGUUUUAGUGUGGAUUUUCUAGCAAGGGUCAGUAGCUUUUCAUCUAUCCGUAAAAAAAUUUAAAACACUUCCAGGAAUUCUUCCAAAAGAGACCAAACAUUACGACUCCCGAAAACAACCGAGAAGGUAAUUGACUUUUAGGAAAGGGCACAAAAAUAGACCCGAAACCACUCCCAGACUAGUCAUUUUUUGAGAACUGUCACUUGAGUCAGGUUUAUUUUUUAUGCCGCGUCCAAAGUUAAAAAAAAAACCCGGAAAUCACUCGGAUUUUGCUGGGAUUUCCUUGAACUUUAGACGUUUUUUUUAAACUUUGGAUGUGACAUUAGAUCAUUUGUUAUAAUGAGGGCUGCCAGUUUAUAAGGCCACAUCCGUUAGGCACUGCCACACGGAGCUUGAACAUGUAUUUCCACCCGACAACUUCAAAAUCGGAUUCAGGGCACAAAGCUUAUUUGAAGAUUUUUGUGAUGAUAGCACGAAAACUGGCUGAACUACCUUGUUAAAACUGAAAAUCGGUCAUUUGCAAUCGUUGCAAGUUCAUAAGACCACCCCAGGGAAUAGGGCUUUUCGCCAAUCUGGUUAAGACUUAUGAGCAGAAAAUAAGCUAUACAUCUCUAAUAAGACGUUUCAAAGCUGUUUUUGCCAUUCUGACGGUUUAUGUUUUCUCGUAAGACAUGCAACGGGGAACUUUCCCUACGAAUACCAAUUAAGUCGACUGAAUGGUUGAACCGGGUGAUCAAUUGUCAUCUAAGGUGCUUUAAAAUCUUUUCGUGAUCAGUCUCAACCCAAAAAAAAAUCCUAGAAAGACUAGAACUGGGUGUUCAUGCAAAAAGGUUCGUCAUCCAUGCUGUUCCAACUUCCAUGGAGCUGGACCGUGGAUUAAGAAAGUGUCUGGUUUGGGAAGCUUUUGAAGAGAUCCUUAGCAUUGUUUGUGAGGUCAAGUGGUUCACUCUGAGCUUUACUGAUGGCCAACAAGACACAUCGCAUCGAAUGCGCCCUGGGCAUGAUGUCGACCAAUGAGGGAUAGGCUCUUUUGAUUGGUUAGGAAAAUUUGUUAGCAGCAGCAAAUGUGACGUUAUGACAGUGUUUUGUUGUUUGAAACUGGUUUGCAUGUUAAGUAGUGGAAGUAGUGAACAUUUAGGUGGUACAAGAACUCAUGAAUACGCUAGUUUCCGGUGCCAUAAGCAUUUGAAUCAAUACUGAUUUUUGCAUUAGCAGCAUUUACAACCUCGUCGAUUAUUUUUCAGAACUGAGUGCAGAUGAUAUGGCAAUUGAAGAAGUCCCAUCAAUGGUGUUCAAUGAGAACCAUCUUGAAAAAAAAACUGCAACAUCAAUAAUCACCAACCAGGACGGAAAUAUUGAGUUUGUUAAACUUAUUACUGAAUCACCCUCUAAAACAGGGAGCAUUUCUGAAAACCUUGGUGAGAAUGCAAAAUUUGCUUGAUGUUAAAAAAAAAAGAGUUCAGAUUCCAAGAUACAAAAGCCAAACAGCUAUUCAUUUUCGAUGAUGUUUGUAUUAGCAACUGCUGUCAUCCUGCUCCUCUUUUCAGGAUGUUUCGUGUGUUGUCUGUUGUUAUUAAAGAAUAGGUUUGCUUUCAAAAAUCGACGUCUCUUGGAAAAUCGCGUAUUCGGUAUUUGUAAAAUAUAUAUAAACCAUUAAUAGCAAUGUUAUCAGGUUUCCAAGAAAGAGAAAACAUCUCCGAAAAAAAUUGGGCUACUAGCAGUUCUGGUGAUGGGUGCAGUGGCACAUUGUAAUAUAGCUUCUUUUUUUUGGGUGAUACAUCUAACUCGUUUCAGAAAUACUUUCAAUCAACAGACUCCUAAUCGUAUUCUCAACGUAGGCGAACAUACCUCUGGUUCAAAAAGGUAUUAACAACUCAUUUGGAGAUUUUUCAAUGCAAAUAUGAUAUUUUGUGAAACUAGUUUUAGUAGUUGCCUCCGGGGACAUGUUUUUUCGCCACGUAAUUAUUGCGUUGUUGUGUCACACUGUUUUUUAUGGGACUAUGAACUUCUCUUCCACAGCAUCACUCAAUAGCUGUUUUGUCUAAUCUCCGGAAGUUUUUGUAAAAAAAAACAACACUCAAUAUGCUGUUAUCAUGAUUUUUCUAACAUUAGUUUGGAAGCUAUUUCGAAACUGCCCCAAAACAAUUUUCCCAUCAAAUACAUUAUAGAGCUGACAAUGGUAACUCUGCAAUUUAUUCACUAAACGAGGAUAACCAUGAUGUGAGUUUUGUUUAAAUCUAACAACAUAGUUCAAUAAAAAUAAUUUUUAAGGUUUUGAAUAAUGAAAGUAUUUUGCAGUUGUACGGAAACGCUAGAAGGUCAAUUCGAACUCGUCCUAGUAUGAACGUUUCAAAAAAGGAAACCGCACUCACAUCGUCAAAUCUUCCUUUCAAGUUUGUUUACUGUCUUUCAAGACAACACAAUUUUCUUUGCAGAUCUAACUUACAAGAAUUUGUUUCAAAAACGUAUGCAUUAGGAGAAUACAAUAAUUUAGCAAGUCCUGCAUAUGCAUUCACAUCAGAAGUGUUUGAUGAAAGAGAAGUAGAUGUUGCUAACGGUUCUAAAUAUGAGGUCAGCGAAAUGUUUUUCUUCUUAAACACAUCGAUGCUCAAUAUUCUGAAAAAGCGUAGAGACAGAACGAAAAUUAGUUUGAUAGCUGAGCCUUUUUAUUUGGAAGUUUUUAAAGUAUUUUGAGCACUUAUAAAAAUGGGCACUGGUUUGAUAUCGAGGACCGACCAUAGUAAAGUCGAGAAACGUACCGAUUCUCACCGAAAAAUCAAAAUUUUCUUUUCUGUACCAUUCUGUGCCAUUCUUUGAAGUUUUUUACAGUUCUAAACAAUUAUUUUUCAGACGACACAUUCAUGCCCUAGGGGUUUCUGCCCUAGGAAAGCGGAAGUCUUUUUAUGAAAUUUCACUCCUGCAUCUGAACUGUACUACUAUCAUGAUUUGUUCCGUUCUUUUCUCAGCAAUCCUCUGUUCUCGGACAGAGCCGAAGAUCUCCGGGACGUGGAAUUUCUUGGGAACGUGUAACAAAUCCAAGUAUUGUGUUUCAUGGAAGCAGCCGUGGACGUGGAGAGUAUACCAGAAAAUCGCCUCGCCUCCAUGGAAAGAUAAUUUCAUGAAAAGAUUUCCGCUUUCCUAGGGCGAAGGCUUUUGAAUAAGUCGUCUGAAAAAUAAUGGUUUCAAACUGUAAAAAUAACAUUGAAUAAUAGCACAGAAAGGAAAUUUUUAAUAUUUCAGUAAGAAUCGGUACGUUUCCAGACGUUACUAUGUUCGGUCCUCUAUUUUUUUGUUCCUUAAUUUACAUACAAUCAGAAAUAAGUCCGCAAUAAUGAUUCUGAAUUUUUGACUAAAAAUUAUUACACCAAUACCAUCGAUUGUCAAAAUUUACAUAAAGCAGUAUAUUGUUUUUCUCAAAAAUUAUCCUCAUUGUGUGGUUUAGGACCUGAAAGUACUUAUUGUCGCUCACUCAUCAAUUCAAAAAUAAUAGCACCGGAAAUUUCAGAAAGCAAAGGAUAAAAAACGAACAGAAACGAUCAAUAACAAGGAAAAUGAAGACAGUGCAGUAUCUUCAUUCCGGUCUAUUACAGAAAUCGUACAUGCAGCGGAAACAGCAAUUUUCAAAAAAGGCAAGGCUUAGGUUUUUCACAUACAUAUCUAAAAACAUGGUUUUUGUAAUUCUUCAACAACAGCCUUACUGUUGAGAACAUUUUCAGGAAGAGUUUCCGAUCGGGCUGAAUUUUUUGUGUGGAUAGUUCAUAGUCCUCUUAUCACAAAACCGCUAUCGGGAAGUGAGCUCGUUGCUGCUCCUAGUGGGCGUGCGGAAUCAAAGUUGGAAAACCAACUUUUUCAUGCAUUUUCAGAAAAAUCCAAAAUUAGAGAUAUUCCCGAUAUCGUGAAGCUAUUUCUGACAUGAAGAAUGCCGCCAGGAUACUUCAGCAGGAAAACAGUACGGUAUCACUCAUCCAUGAUUAGACAUAGAUAGAUGUAAAGAGACUAACCCUCAUUUUACCAAUUGAAAUAGUUAGUCUCAAUAGCUGCUACCCCCUUACCAGUCACUUUUCUGAUCUUAAAAUACUCAGAAUUAAGAGAAAUCUGGAAAUCGGGGUUUUUGCCUUUUUUUUGUUAUUCUACGACCCAAAAAACCCCUCUGGCCGAAAACCUGGACAUAGCGGUCCACACACAAAAAUGCUGACCUCAUAUUAGCGGGUUUGUGAUUAGAGGUUCAUAGGGUAUCCACACAAAACAUUUCAGCCCGAUAGGAAACACUUUUUUCUACCGAUGUUGGAAAUUUUUCCACCGAUGUUGACUGCUUACAAAAAUAUUGUCUUAACUUGUUUCAUUUUAGAUUCCAACACGUUUAUUGGUUCCAACAAUGGUCAGAGAGUUCUCAUUGAUUGCGUUAAUUCCAUUAGAGGAUUUGGAUAUAGGAAACUAACCGAGCAGGAAAUAAGUAUAUUUUUUGCUAAAACAAAUGUUUAAUCACAUAUUUAUAGUUCGAUGGAAAAAUUUGAUCCACCAGGAUUCGAACAUUGUCAAUCUAUUAAUACAAUCCAAAAGUUUGGCUGAAAUAGAAAACAUUUUUGAAAGAGAUGAUUAUAAAAAUAUGUUCACUUUUUCCAAGUGGCACGAGAUAGCCCUCUGCGUGCAUCAAACUUUGGUAUUAAAUGUUGUAGUUAUAUGAGAGAAAUACUUUUAUUUUCAGACUAGUUCUCUCGAUAGGUCAAAUUCUCGCUCAGAACUUCAAUUAUUUGUCGGAAAUGUUCAAACCGAAUGGUGA